AUGGUAGCAGCUUGUAAAGGGCACAAAAGUGUGUUUGAUCUCCUCGUGUCAAAGAAGGCUGACCUGACACUGGUGGAUGGCGAUUGUAAUAGCUUACUUCAUCUUGCUUGUGCUGGUGGUAACACAGCUAUAGUACAGCAUUUGGUGUCACCUUCUAACAUCAAUACUACAGGACAGUAUGGACACACACCAGUCAUGGUAGCAGCUGGUAAAGGACACCAACGUGUGUUUGAUCUCCUCGUAUCACAGAAGGCUGACUUGACACUGCGGGAUGACCAUGGUAAUAGUUUACUUCAUCAUGCCUGUAAUGGAGGUAACACGGCUAGAGUACAACAUGUCUUGUCACCCUCCAACAUCAACUUAGGUGGACAAAGUGGUUUGACUCCAAUUGUGUUCGCAGCUCUUCGAGGCCAUCAAAGAGUGUUUGACCUCCUGGUGUCUAGGAAUGCUGACCUGACACAGUGGAUAGCAAUUGUGAUAGUUCGCUUCGUCCUGCCUAACGUGAGGUCAAGACAACAAUAG